CCUAUCCUUUCUCUUCCUUCCCUAACUCCGCCGCCAACCGCCGUAUCUACGCCGGUGAUACGUCUUCCUUCUUGAUUCUUCAAAAUGGCUACUUUUGCCAAACCUGAGAAUGCCUUAAAGCGAGCUGAAGAGUUAAUUAAUGUUGGUCAGAAUCAAGAAGCCCUACAGUCUCUUCAUGAUCUUAUCACCUCAAGGAGGUAUAGGGCAUGGCAAAAGACACUUGAGAAAAUAAUGUUUAAGCAUGUAGAGUUGUGUGUUGAAAUGAGAAGAGGAAGGUUUGCCAAGGAUGGUCUAAUUCAAUAUCGAAUUGUCUGCCAGCAAGUCAAUGUUAACUCACUGGAGGAGGUGAUAAAGCAUUUUGUCCAUCUGGCCACUGAGAGAGCUGAAUUGGCACGCAGCCAGACACAGGCUCUAGAGGAAGCUCUGGAUGUGGAUGAUUUGGAAGCAGAUAAAAGGCCUGAAGAUUUGAUGUUGAGUUAUGUUAGUGGGGAGAAAGGAAAAGACAGAUCUGAUCGCGAACUUGUCACUCCCUGGUUUAAAUUCUUGUGGGAGACAUACAGAACUGUGCUGGAAAUCUUGCGAAACAAUUCCAGGCUGGAGGCUCUAUAUGCUAUGAUAGCGCAUCGCGCCUUCCAGUUUUGCAAGCAGUACAAACGUACAACAGAAUUUCGCCGUCUUUGUGAGAUCAUAAGAAACCAUCUAGCAAACCUCAACAAAUAUAGAGAUCAAAGAGACCGCCCUGAUCUGUCUGCUCCAGAAAGUUUGCAGUUGUAUCUGGACACAAGAUUUGAGCAGCUAAAAGUUGCCACUGAGCUUAAUCUAUGGCAGGAAGCUUUUCGGUCAAUUGAAGACAUUUAUGGACUAAUGUGCCUUGUUAAGAAAACCCCUAAACCAUCUUUGUUGGUUGUUUACUACGCCAAGCUUACUGAGAUAUUUUGGAUAUCAUCCAGCCAUCUCUAUCAUGCUUAUGCAUGGCUCAAGCUUUUCUCUAUCCAAAAAAGUUUUAAUAAGAACUUGAGCCAGAAAGAUUUACAGGUUAUAGCAUCAUCUGUCGUUUUAGCAGCACUUUCGGUGCCACCCUAUGAUCGGUUCUAUGGUGCAUCUCAUUCGGAGCUUGAAAAUGAGAAAGAGCGGAGUUUGCGGGUGGCUAAUUUGAUUGCGUUUGAUGUUGAACCAAAAGCUGAGAGCAGAGAAGUGCUUUCCCGAUCAUCACUUCUCUCAGAAUUGGUGUCCAAAGGUGUAAUGACAUGUGUUACACAAGAAGUGAAAGAUCUUUACUAUUUGCUAGAACAUGAGUUUCUUCCUUUGGAUCUAGCAUUGAAAGCACAACCGUUGUUGAACAAAAUCUCAAAGCUUGGGGGUAAACUAUCUUCAGCUUCUAAUGUUCCUGAAGUGCAAUUGUCUCAGUAUGUUCCUGCCUUGGAAAAACAUGUUACUUUGAGGUUGCUGCAGCAGGUAUCUCAGGUGUAUCAGACAAUACAGAUUGACAAUCUAUCAAGAAUGGUCCCUUUUUUUGACUUUGCUGCUGUUGAGAGGAUUUCAGUGGAUGCUGUUAAGCAUAACUUUAUAGCCAUAAAAGUUGAUCAUAUGAAGGGUGCUGUACUCUUUGGCAAACAGAGUAUUGAAGCAGUCGGUCUUCGGGAUCACUUAUCUGCUCUAGCAGAAUCUCUAAGCAAAGCAAGGAUAACGAUCUACCCACCUAUGGCAAAAGCUGCUAAACUUGGGGAGAUGUUAUCAGGUUUGGGAGAAGUAGUUGAGAAGGAACACAGGAGACUUCUUGCCCGGAAGUCAAUAAUUGAGAAGCGCAAGGAAGACCAAGAGCGGUUGCUCUUGGAAAAGGAACGUGAGGAAGAGUCAAAGAGACUAAAACAACAAAAGAUAACUGAAGAGGCUGAGCAGAGAAGGCUUGCUGCUGAGUUUGAGCAGAGAAAGAAUCAAAGAAUUCUAAGGGAAAUUGAGGAGAGAGAACUUGAAGAGGCCCAGGCUUUACUGGAAGAAGCUCAAAAAGGCGUUAAGAAGAAGGGGAAAAAACCAAUUUUAGAGGGAGAAAAAAUAACUAAACAGACUGUUAUGGAAUUGGCUCUGAGUGAGCAAUUGAGAGAGAGGCAAGAGAUGGAGAAAAAACUGCAAAAGCUUGCCAAAACUAUGGAUCAUUUUGAGAGAGCUAAACGAGAAGAGUCAGCACCAGUGAUGCAAGCUGCAUUUGAACAGCAGUUAGCUGCAGAUGCUGCUCUUCAUGAACAGGAGCAACAGCAAGAGGUUGAACUAAGCAAACAAAGACAUACUGGUGAUGUUUUAGAGAAGAGGAGGCUGGGCCGCAUGAUGGAAAAUAAGAAAAUUUUUGAAGCAACGGUUGUCAGUCAUAGAGAGUCUGAACACAAUAGACUGAAACGGGAGAGGCAGGAACGAAUUGACCAGAUUAUCCAGUCACGGAAGCAAGAAAGGGAGGCUAGGAGGAAGAUGAUAUUCUUUUUGAGGGCUGAGGAGGAGCGGCUAAAUAAGUUACGUGAAGAGGAGGAAGCUCGGAAGCAUGAAGAAAUGGAGAGACGUAAGAAAGAAGAAGCUGAGCGCAAGGCCAAACUGGAUGAGAUUGCAGAAAGGCAGCGGCAAAGAGAGCUGGAAUUGGAAGAGAAAGAGAGGAAGAGGAAAGAAGAGCUCUUGGGGAAAUCCACAGCUCUGCCAGCUAGGCCAACUGAGCCUUUAUCACGCCCCCCUGAGACAGGAGCCACUGCUCCAGCAGCUGCAGCAGCAGCUGCUGCUUCGGCACCUACUAAGUAUGUGCCCAAGUUCAAGCGCGGGGGAAUGGCGGAAGGUGCUUCCCAGGCUCCACCCCCUGAAACGGACAAAUGGGGUGGCAACCGUCAAGAUGACCGUCCUUCCGACAGAUGGGGCAGCAGGCCAGCAGAUGAUAGAUGGCGUGAUCGUGAUGACCGUGAUCGUGAGCGGAGACCUUUUGGUGCUGGCUCAAGGCCCGGAACUUGGUCUUCUUCUAGGAGCCGCGGGGAACGCUAAAGACAAAAUUUUGAGGAUGCUGUACUAGAAUGCAGACUGCAAUUUUCCUGAGAGCCUUUUUGUUUCAGUGCCAUCAUCUUCCAUUAAAGCCAUAUACUUGAGUUGAAGAAAUCGGCAUUUCUUAUUUAUCAUUGCAUCUCUCUAGUUUUCUAAUGAUUGAAUUGUGUAUGUCUGAAGUUUCUUUUGAAUAGUUAUGUUUCGUAUGGACGAUUCCUCAUUUUAAAUUUUGCAAUGUUGUAUAAUCCAUGACUGGAUGCUGCAAUGUAGUGCUCUCAUUGAGAGUCCAUAUUUAAGCUUAACUCUUGCUCCAAA